UUUUGCACUUUUGGAACAAGAAGCAAUUUUAGGCAUUAUGGCUGUGGAGGAUAAUAAUCUACAAGUGCUUAAUGCACUUGAUUUGGCCAAAACUCAACUUUACCAUUUUACAGCAAUUAUUAUUGCUGGAAUGGGAUUUUUUACUGAUGCUUAUGAUCUCUUUAGUAUUUCUCUUGUCACUAAAUUGCUUGGCCGUUUAUACUACACCAAACCGGAUCUUUUGAAACCCGGAACACUCCCUCCGGUCGUCUCAGCCUCCGUCACGGGUGUCGCCCUUGUUGGCACCCUAGCCGGCCAGCUGUUCUUCGGCUGGCUAGGCGACAAAAUGGGACGAAAAAAGGUCUAUGGUAUGACUUUGGUUCUCAUGGUUGUGUGUUCCGUUGCUUCAGGGCUCUCCUUAGGUAAUACCCCUAAGGGUGUUAUGACCACACUAUGUUUUUUUAGGUUUUGGCUUGGAUUUGGCAUUGGUGGCGAUUACCCUUUAUCCGCCACGAUCAUGUCUGAAUACGCUAACAAAAAGACACGUGGUGCAUUCAUAGCAGCGGUUUUCGCUAUGCAAGGGUUUGGAAUUUUGUUCAGUGGGAUAGUUGCACUUAUCACAGCAGCUGGAUUCGAUCACGCGUAUAAGGCCCCCACUUUCGCAGAAAAUGCUGCUCUAUCCACUGUGCCACAAGCCGAUUACAUUUGGCGUAUAAUUCUCAUGUUUGGAUCGUUGCCAGCUGCCCUCACUUACUACUGGCGCAUGAAAAUGCCCGAAACAGCCCGUUACACGGCUCUAGUCGCGAAAGACGCGAAAAGAGCCGCACAGGACAUGGGGAGGGUACUACAAGUUGAAAUUGAAAGCGAGGAAGCAAAAAUAGAACAAAUUUCUAGGGAUGAAAGUAAUCAAUUCGGUCUGUUUUCAUGGGAAUUCGUUAGACGCCAUGGAUUGCACCUAUUCGGAACGUGUUCCACAUGGUUUUUAUUAGAUAUUGCUUUCUACAGUCAGAAUUUGUUCCAGAAAGACGUGUUCUCCGCUGUUGGAUGGAUCCCUAAAGCCCCAACAAUGAAUGCUGUUCAGGAAGUUUACAAAAUUGCCAGAGCGCAAACAUUAAUUGCGCUCUGCAGCACGGUGCCAGGUUACUGGUUCACCGUGGCGUUUAUUGACAUUAUUGGAAGGUUCGCGAUCCAAUUGAUGGGAUUCUUCUUCAUGACUGUGUUUAUGUUUGCGAUCGCCAUCCCUUACCAUCAUUGGACAUUGGAGGCCAACCGUAUUGGAUUCAUUGUAAUGUACUCUCUUACAUUUUUCUUUGCGAAUUUUGGGCCUAACGCGACUACAUUUGUGGUCCCGGCUGAGAUUUUCCCAGCCAGGCUUCGGUCAACAUGUCAUGGGAUUUCAGCAGCUGCAGGUAAGGCUGGGGCUAUAGUGGGAGCGUAUGGAUUCCUAUACGCUGCCCAAAGUAAAGAUCCAAUGAAAACAGAUGCAGGAUAUCCAGCGGGUAUUGGAAUAAAGAACUCACUUAUUGUUCUAGGGUGUAUCAAUGCUCUAGGAAUGCUUUGUACAUUCUGUGUGCCAGAGUCAAAAGGAAAAUCUCUAGAGGAAGCAUCACAAGAAACUAUAUCUGGAGAAGCAUGAGCUCAUCAAUUGCUUGGAAAAAUCACUUGUAUUUUUUUUUUCUUUCUUUUUUAUGUUUUUGUUGGUUUAAUUUCAUUUUUCUUUGUAUUGUGUAAGCUUGUUUGUUGUU